UAUAUUGGUGCUGGUGACUUCUAGCAGUGGCCAAUUCCAGCUAGUGACAUAGGUAAGACCACCGUUAGAUCGUUGGUGGUUUUUGCAGUAACUCGCUCUAUGGGAUUGAUCCAAGCAGAAGUUUAUCACUACUUUGAUAAUCACCAAUCUGCAGAAAUACCAGGAUUAAUGCUCAAGCACUCUGGUACUUCCUCUAAACCAAAUCCAGGACUGGCUGGUGCCAGUAAAACCUCUGCUGGCGAGCCUAGUGAAGAUUAAGACCGAGAAUAUAAGGUAUUCUGCUAGAGUGAUCGACUUUGACUAUUUUUUAUUCGAUAACAAAUAGUUGCAAGGAAAUAAGGGAUAUCAGUGGAAUUGUUAGCAAUUGACUAGCUAUUUCAAGCUUGGCUUCGACAGAAAGUCCCUGCUUCGUACAGUUCGAUAUUGAAGUGACUUUUUCCGAGCAAAGAUCAAUUCGUCAGAAGUCACCAAUCGUAGUUGAAGUACCCAUUUCCACUCCUUCGGAAGAAGUCUAAGGGUUCCCCAAAGCAUCUGAGUUAGCUUCUCCAUCGUAUUAGUGUAGUUCUAAUUGCGUAACCUCAAAUUACUAUGGCUACCUCAUUCAGAGGGAAUAAGCCAUGACACUAGUCU